GCUUGUUGCAGUAAGCGCUGAGAUUUGUGCGUGCACAGGUUACUCGUGCAAACUUGUGGAUGAACGAAGAGAAAAUUCAUUUCAUUCAUCAGUAAUUCGCCAAAGAAUCUUGUUUGUGGGUUUUUUGUUUUAUUUGAGAAACAAUAGGAGCUUGUCGAGAGAGGGCAAUUAGACGAGUUUGUGACUUUGAACGGUGUUCCCUGCAUACCUAACAGUAUGCGGUGCAGUUAUGGCAGGCAAGGGUAAAACAGUCGUGAGGACGCUGGAGGAUCUAACUCUGGAUUCUGGUUAUGGUGGAGCUGCGGACUCGGUCAGGUCAUCCAGCGUGUCGCUGUGCUGCUCCGACACGCAUCAGUCCUUGCAUGGGGGCAACUGCUGGCAUCUGACAGAAUCUAUGCACAGCAGACACAACAGUUUGGACACGGUCAACACAGUCCUGGCGGAGGACACGGAGAUACUGGAGUGCUCGGGCCAGAGUGCCAAGCUCCCCGAGCUGGACGACGUGCCAUGGAGCCUGGGUGAGGUGGAGGGUGCGCUGGGGAAGGAUGAGACUUUGAUGGCUGGGAGCCUACCACCUGAGGUCUUGGCUCGCCUCUCAGCUCUUAUCAGCCGCGCGCUCGUGCGGGUGGCCCGCGAAGCACAGCGCCUGAGCUUGCGCUAUGCCAAGUGCACCAAGCAUGAGAUCCAGAGUGCCAUUAAGAUGGUACUGUCCUGGACAAUUUCUGUAAACUGUAUCACAGCAGCGGUGAGCGCACUAUCACUCUACAACAUGACCACUGGCGACAAGUUCAGCCGAGGCAAGUCCGCGCGCUGCGGGCUCGUCUUCUCCGUGGGGAAGUUCUUCAGGUGGAUGGUGGAUAGUCGCGUGGCUCUGAGGAUCCACGAGCAUGCAGCUAUUUACCUCGCUGCAUGCAUGGAGAGUCUAUUCCGAGACGUGUUCAGCCGAGUACUGCGCAGCGCGCUGUUGGAGAGAGACAACGGCAUCCCCAAAUUUUCGCUUGAGUCACUGGAGCAAGCAAUCAACAGUGAUUCUGAGAUCUGGGGUCUUCUGCAGCCCUACCAGCACCUAAUUUGCGGCAAGAACUCCAGUGGUGUGCUGAGUCUGCCCGAAAGCCUAAACUUGCACAGAGACCAGCAGAGGUCAGGUCGGGGGAGCGAAAGCCAUGGUUACACCCAGGCCGAACUACGCACCCUAGAACAGUCCCUUUUGGCUACACGAGUGGGCAGCAUCGCAGAGCUAAGUGAUCUGGUGUCCAGGGCCAUGCACCACCUCCAGCCUCUGCACAUCAAGAACUCCAGCAAUGGGACCCCAGUCCAUCAGAAGAGCAGCAACAUGACUGUGCACUGGGAGCCCGAGGCCCUCUAUACCCUGUGUUACUUCAUGCACUGCCCACAGAUGGAGUGGGAAAACCCCAAUGUGGAGCCAUCCAAAGUCACCUUACAUACUGAGAGACCGUUCAUUGUCCUGCCUCCUCUGAUGGAAUGGAUUCGAGUGGCUGUUGCUCACACUGAACAUCGCCGAAGUUUCUCUGUGGACAGUGACGAUGUGAGGCAGGCAGCACGGCUACUGCUGCCAGGAGUGGACUGUGAACCACGACAAGUGAAAGCUGAAGAUUGCUUUUGCGCUACCAGGAAGCUUGAUGCAGCUUCCACUGAGGCCAAGUUCCUGCAGGACCUAGGCUUCCGCAUGCUUAACUGUGGACGCACUGAUCUGGUCAAGCAGGCGGUCAACCUGCUGGGACCUGAUGGCAUUAACAGCAUGAGUGAACAGGGAAUGACGCCGCUGAUGUAUGCCUGUGUACGUGGAGACGAGGCCAUGGUCCAGAUGCUUCUUGAUGCUGGAGCCGACAUUAACAGUGAGGUGCCAAGCACAGUAAACAAGCACCCCUCAGUAUAUCCUGAAACGCGCCAGGGGACACCACUCACAUUCGCCGUGUUACACGGACACGUCCCUGUUGUGCAGUUGUUGCUCGAUAAUGGAGCCAAUGUGGAGGGUGCCCUGCAGGAUGGGGCGGAGAACUACACAGAGACCCCCCUUCAGCUGGCUGCAGCUGCAGGUAAUUUUGAAUUGGUCAGUUUGCUCCUGGACAGAGGAGCAGACCCUAUGGUGGGAACCUUGUGCCGAAAUGGUAUUUCCUCCUCUCCUCUGGGUGACAUGACUUCAUUCAGCCUGGCUGCAGCUCAUGGACACAGGAAUGUCUUUCGAAGGCUCCUGUCCCAGUCGGAGAAGGACAAAGGGGAUGUAAUGUCCCUGGAGGAGAUCCUGGCUGAGGGAUCGGAGCCUAGUGAGAAGAGACUAGUUCCGCAUGCUAACGGAGGAGGAACUCUACGAACAGGAAAGGCCAAACUGAGAGCUCUGAGAGAGGCCAUGUACCAUAGCGCAGAGCAUGGCCAUGUGGAUAUCACCAUAGACAUCCGCAGUUUAGGAGUUCCCUGGACGCUCCACACCUGGCUUGAGACUCUACGCACCUGUUUUAUGCAUCAUCGACGGCCACUGAUCCAGGGUCUGCUCAAAGACUUCAGCUGUAUUAAGGAGGAUGAGUACACAGAGGAGCUCAUCACCCAUGGGCUACCUCUCAUGUUCCAGAUCCUAAGGACCAGCAAGAAUGAAGUGAUAAGUCAGCAGCUGUCGGUCAUUUUCACCCAGUGCUAUGGGCCGUUCCCUAUCCCAAAGCUGACGGAGAUCAAAAAGAAACAGACUUCACGCUUAGACCCCCACUUUCUCAAUAACAAAGAAAUGUCAGAUGUCACUUUUCUGGUGGAAGGAAAACCAUUUUAUGCACAUAAGGUUUUGCUAUUUACAGCUUCACCCAGGUUCAAGUCUUUGCUCCAAAAUCGACCAGCAGCAGAGAACACCUGUAUAGAGAUCAGCCAUGUUAAAUACUCCAUAUUUCAUCUCGUCAUGCAGUAUUUAUACUGUGGUGGCACAGACACUUUGCAUAUAAGAAACACCGAAGUUAUGGAGCUCCUGUCAGCAGCAAAAUUCUUCCAACUAGAGGCCCUUCAGAGACACUGUGAGAUCAUCUGCUCCAAGAAUAUCACGACCGAAACAUGCGUGGACCUCUACAAACAUGCCAAGUUUCUUGGUGCAUUGGAGCUGACAUCUUUCAUCGAGGGCUAUUUCCUAAAAAACAUGGUGCUGUUGAUUGAAUUGGAGAACUUCAAGCAGCUGUUGUUCGAACCCUGCCCUCCUGAGAGUCCCGGGCCCUGCCCUGGCGUCUGCACUGACAUCCUUCAUGAUUUGGAGAAAACUCUGGCCACUCGCAUCCACUCCAUCCACCUGUCUACUUCAAAGGGCUCUGUGGUCUGACACUGCCCCCUCCUGGUCACAGAGUUCAUGUUUUGUGCAUUGUCUCGCUGUAGCCUGUCCACCUGAUCUGGUUGGGCUUGGAGAGGAGCAGUCACAUGUUGUCAGGGAUUUACCCUUUAAUUCUGGUCCCAGUGGAUGUUCCUGGUUUAAUGACAUACAUUACACAAUCAGUGGAAGGAUGCACUUGCCUUAUUAGAGGUUUGCCCUCUUUUGCCUGUUGGUUACCACAUCACUCUUGUCCUGGUGAGAUUUUCCAAACUACUGCAAACAACUUCGUACUGUAUUUCAGACAAAAGAAAUGCAUGACAAAUAUAUUGUUAGAAUUUCUACCAAGCAGCUUCUAAUAAAAUCCUUGAUUUUGUUUUUCAACCGGAUGCCAUUUUUCUUGGUUCUGCUUGAGUAGUAGCAAUGCCAGCAGACAAUCCGUAGUUUAAUCCAUGAGGUUUUUGUUGUGUUGUUUUUUGUUUUUUUUGUUUUUCAAAUUUGUGGUGGAUAUCUUUCACUGCUGCCCACUGUGUGUAGAGAUUCAAAGAACUUCUGCUGGGGCCAAUCAAUGCAGUGCUGGUCGACUUUUGAUGCUCCAUUUGAUGAGAACUAUAUGCUACAUUAACAACUGUAUAAAAACUGACUUUUGCAUGACACCUUCUAAACUAAGCUGCCCUGAUCAUGCUUUUUAUGCAGAACUUCAUCAGAACAUUUUUGUCCACUGGAAUACAGAUCAACUUGGAGAAUUGUAAUGGCAGGGACUAAUUAAGGCGAAGUUGUACAAAGUAUUCUCCAAAGCAUUGCUGAAGACACAAGACUCAUUGAAUGUGCUCCCAGGACUUUGUAUUUUGUUGUCUAUGUGUGUCUGUUUUUCGAAAUCUGCAUGUUUGACCUCUUCAUAUAUGAAACCCCCGUUUUUUCUGUAUGUGUGCUUUUUGUGUAAAUGAUGGACUGGGUGGAUUCCUCAUAGCAAGGAAAUCCCACAAUAUCCACUCAAUCUUUUGUCUUUAUUGUCAAUGCACUUAAGUCAUUCAUCAUACCUCUACUCCUUUACCUCGCAUAGUGCUCUAUAGGACCAAAUUUUAAGGGGAUCAUAGUAUACAAACACUGUCAACACUGCAAAAUCACACAACUAUAGAACUUGCACUUUAAACAAAAUCUAAUAAAAAACAGACAUAAUCCCCAGCAAUCAGUUAGUUCGGUCAGUCUUGACAAAAUAAGCAGUGUAUUCAGACAGACAACAUACCAAAAAAGACGUUUUCCUGCUGAUAUAGCUUACGAAUGAUGCAAAUGUCUUUUAAGUGUUGUCAUUCUUGUUGUCAUUGUCUUUCCGAUGAUAGAGUGCAGUAUAUAGUAAAGAUAUGAUAUAUAAACUAAUACUGUAGCACGCUCCAAAUUUAUCUUGGGUAAAUAAAAUUAUAGGUAUAAUCUUGAAGAAAUCAUUUUAAGUCAUGUAUAUAGUUAAAAAAGGACUUAUUUUUAUUUUCAUACAACAUACAUAGUGUUAUAAUGUCUAUAUUUUAUGUUACAUUUAAAUAUUUUGUUUAUCAAAGUGUGAACCUAUAAAUAUGUGUUGAAUUAAGCAAUAUUGAUGAUUUAUAAUUCUGUUGAAUAAACACAGCAGGUUUCAGUACUACAAAUGUGAACUAAAGACUAAGUCACUGAAGAUGCAUUAUUAUAGGCUAUUGUUCACAUUGUAUGACAUUCCAGUAUUUUAUGUAAUACCCGCUUUGAUGGCUAUGGAGUAAACAAUAUGAAUAUGGAGUUUGUCCUGUGCAAAUGUUUUAACUGAAAUGCCUGUGCAAUGCAACUUUUAGGAGUUAACAAAUUCACAAUGAUGUCAAGCACUUUGUGUGCUAGAGUUAGUGUAGCCAAGGUCCAUAAUAAAAGUGAGCAUUGGUUUAGCAAAUGCUUUGAUGCUACAGUGGGUCAAAGCAGUGUAAAUGUUGGUUCGCAUGGCUCUUCUUGUUUCAUGUUGUUGAGAAUGUGCUCUAGCCUCUGUACACCAGCUCUGUCAUACAGGAAUUACCCUUUUGAUUUGUCUGAGCCUUUAUUUGCCUGCAUAUUUGUUCAUAGUGGUAGGAAACAAGACGUCUCCUAGAAACAGCAGAUGCAUGGAUAAAUGUGCAGAAUUAUCUACAAUGGUAUUUUCGCAUUCUUACAGGUCAUUUCAUGACAUUGUUUGUGAACAGCUAAUAAAUGACCACACUUAAAACCA